AAAGCCUCCCUGUAACGGCGUCUCCCAUUGGUCGCCCGCUGGCCAUGUAACCAAUCAGACCGCGGCUACCAUGGUGGAAGGAAUAAAUACAAGAUGGCUCCUCAUAUAAAGCCAGGCAUCUGGCUUCUCCUCUGCCACGAUGAAAUAACGUCUUUAAUUCGGUUUAACCGGCAAAGCCGCUUCCGCUGUGGCCCUGAGGAGUGAACAGUGACCUAGUGGAGCAGGGUGCCGAGUAUUAGAGGCGGCCGGGUGUGGCGGCUCGGGAGGUGGGCGGCCAUGCAGUAGACGCAGCCGCUGUCCCGGAGGCUGAGGCGAGGCUGAGGAUACACUCUAGGCCGCGGCUGUAUCCCAGGCCCUCCGCACCUGCCCGGUACUGUCCCACUCAUCCGGAGCCGGAGUGUGUGUACGGGGAGCCGUCAUGGCCGUGUCCAGAUUAGACCGCCUUUUUAUAUUACUGGACACUGGAACAACGCCAGUAACAAGAAAAGCGGCAGCGCAGCAAUUGGGGGAGGUAGUCAAACUGCAUCCACAUGAACUCAGCAACCUUUUAAAUAAGGUUCUAAUAUACCUGCGCAGUCCAAACUGGGAUACACGUAUAGCAGCCGGGCAAGCUGUUGAAGCUAUUGUAAAACAUGUUCCAGACUGGAGCCCAACAGCUAGAAUAAAGAAAGAGGCCGGGUCGGAGUGUUCAAAUGAUGACUCUUCUGCAUCAGACAGGCUGAGCUUUGAAAGGUUUGAUAUAUCAAAGUUAUUAAAACAUGGCGCCUCCCUCCUGGGCUCUGCCGGUAUCGAGUUCGAAGUGCAGGAUGACAAGUUAGGAGAUGUGGACCCUAAGGAAAGAAUAGCUCGGCAAAGGAAACUGUUACAGAGAAAGCUGGGCCUUGACAUGGGAGCUGCUAUAGGCAUGAAUACUGAAGAGCUAUUUAAUGAUGAGGAUUUGGACUACUUGCCAACAAACACAUCUGUAAAUAAACCUACCCUUCAAGCUGCCGAGUUUAUUGAUACAGAAUUUCUCCCAGGAAUGAGUAACAGGCAGAAAAACAAAGCAAAACGAAUGGCAAAGCUGAUUGCCAAGCAGAGAUCCAGGGAUGUGACUGACCCUAAUGAAAAGAGCAGUGACAGUACAGAUGGGGAGCCAGAGGAAAAGAGAAGGAAAGUGACGAAUGUUGUUAUCCCUCAGCCAGCUACAGAGUCCAAAGUGCUGAUUGAUAAUGUCCCUGACAACUCUUCUUUGUUCGAUGAGACCAAUGAGUGGCCCCUGGAGAGCUUCUGUGACGAGCUUUGUAAUGAGCUUUUUAAUCCAUCUUGGGAAGUCCGGCAUGGUGCAGGCAUUGGUCUCAGGGAAAUACUCAAAGCCCAUGGUAGAAGUGGUGGCAAGAUUGCGGACUGUACAUUUGAAGAGAUGGAACAGCAACAUCAAGAGUGGCUCGAAGAUCUGGCUAUUCGUCUUCUGUGUGUCUUUGCAUUAGACAGAUUUGGAGAUUUUGUCUCCGAUGAAGUGGUUGCACCUGUACGAGAAACAUGUGCCCAGACGCUGGGGGUGGUCCUGAAAUACAUGAAUGAAAGUAGAGUUAACAAUACAGUGAAAAUCCUGCUGCGCUUGUUGACCCAAGAACAGUGGGAAGUUAGGCAUGGGGGCCUGUUGGGAAUAAAAUAUGUCCUAGCUGUUCGUCAGGAUUUGAUUAAGACCUUAUUACCUAAAGCUCUACCAGCAAUAAUAGAAGGACUUCAGGACCUUGAUGAUGAUGUGCGAGCUGUGGCUGCAGCAUCUUUAGUGCCUGUUGUGGACAGUCUAGUAAAGUUACAGUUCAAACAGGUUCCCUUCAUUCUUAGCACUUUAUGGGAUGCACUUCUUGAGUUGGAUGACUUAACAGCUUCUACCAAUAGUAUCAUGACCCUCCUUUCCUCUCUUUUAACAUAUCCUCAGGUUCAGCAGUGCAAUAUUCAGCAAUCACUUACUAUAUUAGUGCCACGGGUGUGGCCUUUCCUGCGACAUACUAUAGCAUCUGUUCGAAAGGCAGCUCUGGAAACUUUAUGCACCUUAUUAUACACACAGGAUCAGACCUUUUCAGGUUGGCUGACCCCCAUCCUGCAGGACAUGCUGAGGCAUAUAUUUCAGAUCUGUAUUUUGGAAAGCAACCAGGAAAUUCUUGACCUUAUACACAAGGUAUGGCAGCAGCUUUUAAACAAAGCCACUGUACAAUAUGUUGUGGCUGCUACAUGUCCAUGGAUGGGGGCCUGGCUCUGUUUAAUGAUGCAGCCCGCUCAUCUGCCUAUUGAUCUAAACAUGCUGAUAGAGGUGAAGCCUAAAUCAAAGGAAAAAGCAGGUGGAAAACUCCGUCAAGGCCAAUGCCAAACAAAAGAAAUUACCCAGGAAUAUAUUGGUGGUUCAGACAGUGUGACAGAAGAUUCUGCCACCAGGGAUCACUUGGUGACACGUGCUCGUCUGGCUGCUGCAAAAUUGCUGGGAUCAUUAUGUUGCUGUAUUUGUGAUCCCUGUGUCAAUACCGCCUCUCAGGAAAUAAAGCCGGCUGAAUCAUUAGCUCAGUUGCUCCUCUUUCAUCUGAACUCUAAAUCAGCCUUACAAAGAAUUAGUGUGGCCCUUGUUAUCUGUGAGUGGGCUGCCCUGCAGAAGGAAUGCAAAACAGUAGCCCAUGUGGUCCAGCCACGCCUGCUUGCAAUAUUGUGUGAACACUUGUAUUAUGAUGAAAUAGCAAUACCUUUCACCCGGAUGCAGAAUGAGUGCAAGCAACUGAUAUCCACUCUUACUGAUGCAAAUAUAGACAUUCAGAGUAAAGUAAACUGCACUAUAUUUACAAUAGACCAAGCCAGUGAACUAGUAACUACAGUGUUCAAUGAAGCGACAGCAUCUCUGCGGGCCAAUGCUAAAGUUUACCAGCAACUAGAUGGGAAGAGACAACAAGUACAGAUGACUGUAUUGGAAACCAAUCAGGAAUGGCAGGUCCUUCAGCUGAGAGUGCACACAUUUGCUGCCUGUGCAAUAGUGAACAUCAUGCAGCUCCCAGAGAAACUUAAUCCAGUAAUAAAGCCAUUAAUGGAGGCUGUGAAAAAAGAAGAGAACGCAGUGGUGCAGAACUACACAGCUUCCUCUAUUGCUAAACUGCUCCAGCAAUGUAUCUCAAGGACUCCUUGUCCGAACCUAAAAAUUGUUAAAAACCUUUGUAGUUCAGUGUGUGUGGAGCCCAGUAUCACCCCAUCUGUAAGCUGCCCUGCACCAGCAUUGAACAACACAGAUCAUCUUAAAGGAUCAAAUUCUGAAAAAGAUGGAGCAUGUCACACAGUCACGAAGUACAGAGGAAUAAUCACCCUCUACAGACAUCAGCAAGCUGCGUUUGCAGUUACAAGCAGGAGAGGCCCAACUCCUAAAGCGGUGAGGUCCCAGGUGGCGGACUUACCCACAGGAAGUGGAGCCCAAACACCCGCAGAAAAUGAUGAGAAUCAUAAACAACACCUAAUCCAGAGAAGAGGUGCAGAAUCUACUCUUGCUACUAUUGCAAAGCACUUCUCCUCCAAUUUGGCCACGGGCCUGCCACAUCUAUGGGAGGCAAUGGUUGGACCUUUAAGGAACAACAUUAAAAUUGAUGAUUUCGAUGGCAAACUUCUCUUGGAAAAGGGAGAUGAGCACGCCCAGGAACUAGUAAACAGCCUUCAAGUGUUUGAGGUCACAGCCUCCUCCAUGGAGCCCAGUCUUCACCCCUUGCUGCUUCAACAUCUUCCUCAUCUAUUCACAAGUCUGCAGCAUCCUUACACGUCAGUAAGGCAUAUGGCCUCUCGUUGUGUAGGAGUUAUGAGCCGGAUCGCUACCAUGGAAACUAUGAAUGGCUUUUUGGAGAAAGUUUUGCCGUGGCUUGGUGCUAUUGAUGAUAAUACAAAACAGGAGGGAGCUAUUGAAGCACUAGCUUGUGUGAUGGAGCAGCUGGAUGUUGGCAUUGUCCCAUACAUAGUCCUCCUUGUGGUACCAGUCUUGGGAAGAAUGAGCGACCAGACAGACAGUGUGCGCUUCAUGGCAACACAGUGUUUUGCAACACUAAUCAGGCUAAUGCCUUUGGAGGCUGGAAUCCCAGAUCCUCCCAGUAUGUCAGAAGAGUUAAUUAAACUAAAAGCCAGGGAGCGCAGCUUCUUGGAACAGCUGCUGGAUGGAAAGAAAUUGGAAAAUUAUAAAAUUCCUGUUCCAAUAAAAGCGGAGCUGAGGAAAUAUCAGCAGGAUGGAGUCAAUUGGCUGGCCUUCCUGAAUAAAUACAAACUCCAUGGAAUCCUGUGUGAUGAUAUGGGUCUGGGGAAGACUCUCCAGUCGAUCUGUAUUCUUGCAGGGGACCAUUGCCUUAGAUCUCAGGAGUAUAGCAAAAGCAAGUCUGCAGACUGCAUACCUCUUCCUUCACUUGUCAUAUGUCCUCCAACCUUAACUGGGCACUGGGUGGAUGAAGUUGGCAAGUUCUGCGCUAAAGAAUAUCUCAACCCUUUGCAUUACACAGGUCCUCCAACAGAGCGUGCCAGGUUGCAACAUCAAGUGAAGAGACACAAUCUUAUUGUAGCUUCUUAUGAUGUUGUCAGGAAUGAUAUUGACUUUUUCAGGAACAUGAAGUUUAAUUACUGUAUUCUGGAUGAGGGUCACGUCAUUAAGAAUGGGAAGACAAAGUUGUCAAAAGCAGUGAAGCAGAUAACAGCAAAUUAUAGAAUUAUCUUGUCGGGUACGCCAAUCCAGAACAAUGUUUUGGAGCUUUGGUCGUUGUUUGACUUCCUCAUGCCCGGCUUCUUAGGCACAGAACGUCAGUUUGCUGCAAGAUAUGGAAAACCUAUUUUAGCAAGUAGAGAUGCUAGAAGCUCCUCUCGUGAACAGGAAGCUGGUGUUCUUGCAAUGGAGGCACUACAUCGGCAAGUUCUGCCAUUUUUGCUUCGCAGAAUGAAAGAAGACGUACUGCAGGAUCUUCCUCCUAAGAUUAUUCAAGAUUAUUACUGCUCUUUAAGUCCUUUGCAGGUUCAGUUGUAUGAAGAUUUUGCAAAGUCCCGUGCGAAGACUGAUGUAGAUGAAACAGUCUCUGCAACUUCAAAGACAGAAGAGAGUGAAAAGCCCAAACUUAAGGCUACAGGACACGUCUUUCAGGCACUGCAGUAUCUGCGGAAAUUAUGCAAUCAUCCUGCAUUGGUUUUAACCUCUCAACAUCCAGAGCACAAGAAGGUCACAGAUCAGCUAGCGAUUCAAAACUCAACUCUGCGGGAUAUUCAGCAUGCCCCAAAACUAUCUGCUCUAAAACAAUUGUUGUUGGACUGUGGUUUGGGUAAUGCUGGGACUCCUGACAGUGGCACUGAAGCAGUUGUAGCCCAGCACAGAGUAUUGAUCUUUUGUCAGCUAAAGAGCAUGCUGGAUAUUGUGGAACAUGACCUCCUCAAGCCUCACUUGCCCUCUGUUACAUAUUUACGGCUGGAUGGUAGUAUACCUGCUGGCCAGAGACAUUCCAUUGUGUCCAGGUUUAAUAAUGAUCCGUCUAUUGAUGUCUUGCUGCUGACAACCCAUGUGGGUGGCUUGGGUCUCAACCUGACUGGUGCAGACACUGUAGUGUUUGUGGAACAUGACUGGAAUCCAAUGAGAGAUCUUCAGGCCAUGGACAGAGCGCAUCGUAUUGGUCAGAAACGUGUAGUAAAUGUGUACAGGCUUAUUACAAGAGGAACGCUGGAGGAGAAAAUUAUGGGUCUGCAGAAAUUUAAGAUGAGUAUUGCAAAUACUGUUAUCAGUCAGGAAAAUGCCAGCUUACAGAGUAUGGGCACUGAGCAGCUGCUGGACCUGUUCACACUUGACAAGGAUGGAAAGAGUGAUAAAAUGGAUACAUCAGAAACCAGCGGGAAGAGUUCUAUGAAGACAAUCCUAGACAACCUGGGAGAUCUGUGGAACCAGGAACAGUACGAGACAGAGUUCAGUCUCGACAGUUUUAUGCAUUCUCUAAAGUAACCCACCAAUGCGGUUGCUGCCACAUCCUUUGUUUUGCUGAUAUUCAGCAAAGGCUGAGAUGGUACAAUGGGCACUGGUGUUGGUCUGUACCAGGCUGGUUCAUUUCAUGAAAGAACUGGCUCAGACUAGGAAUGGGAGAGAGUGUCACAUGAAUAAUGCAGUCUUAAAGGAUGGAACGCGGAGGUUUGAAUCCUCUGCUAUACUGGUGCAUUACAGCUGUGUUAUGCACUGCCAGCUGUUAUCCUGAACAUGUAAUAUUGUCCUCAUAUUUUUGUAUUGAGAAGUUUUUAUUUGAACUGUCAUUCACUAGGUUAGUGGCCCUCCUGUGAAGACCUCACACCGGGCUCUGUACAGAACGGCCAUGGUGCACUCAGUAGAUCUAUGGCAGUGAACAAAAGCCACAUUUUAAUGAGUUUUAUGCCCUCAGCUACUGGCAUGAAUGUGGCUUGCGUUUGUUUUUUUUUUUGUUUUUUUUUUUUGUUUUUUUUUUAAGGUUGUACAUUUUAAUCUAUAAUUUACAGGUUUUUGGGGAUUAAUAUUCUAAAACUUCAGAAAACGAAAGUUCUCAUUAAUGUUAUCUAGCACUAUGCACAUGUUCUGCUCCUCUACAUCAGCAGUCUGCAGGUCUAGCAUUAUAUCAUUUUGUAAAGCGCAGACAGAUGUGCUUGUCAUUGUUUUAAUAGAUUAUCUGUCCCUUGCACAUAUAGAUUUGCUAUGUGUACUACUGGCAGAAAGGAUUCUUACCCUGUGUAUAUGUAGUUUAUAUUGUAUACUUCAGAUACUG